AUUAAUGCCGAAAUGAAUGCGAAAAAAGAAGGAAUUCAACGUUUUGUUCAGGUGAAUGUCGAGCCGAGUACGGAGAAUGAGUUGGUUGUUUGUGCUGGUGCUACGAGCGUUAGUGGUUAUCCAUCACCGGCUGGCACUAUCGUGUCGGCAUUCAACGCCUCUCGAAUGCCAGUACCGUUGAUUGCUGUGGGAACGUUGGCGAUCAAUCUGAAGGAAACUCGCGUUGUGAGGGAACUUCCAGAUUCGCUGAAGGUUCGCUGA